AUGGCAGCACAAUUUAAGCAGCUUGGAGGUACACCCAUAACUCCAGAUUUGGCAGUGGAACUAAGACAAUUGGUAUUUGGCACUUCGGCCAUACCCAUGAGAGCUGAAUGGACUCAAACUCCCUUUACAUUUGGUUCGGUGAAAGAAGAGUUUGCCUAUGGCUUAAGAUCACCACGCAAUGCUACUCGGGGUCUAUUAUCGGUGGUCCAGGGCUUUAUAUUGAAACAUUUGCUAUUUGGUCGUAAAACCUCCAGGAGUGCUGCCAUGGCUGAUCCAUUGCAACCCUCUGCGGAUAUGCAACGAGAAGCUUUAUUACUGGCUUUAUUGGAAAUAUUACGCUCCAUAGCGGAUAAAUCGAAAGUGGUUAUGGUUUUGCCUUCACCCGAUGAUGAGUGCUUUGUGGAACAUAGUGCCACUUAUUUUCAUGAUGGUACAACAGAAAAGCUUUAUAUUUUCAAUUUAAAUCCCAAUGAGGAAUUGGAGUUUUUUGUUAAGAGAUAUUUUAAAAUUUUUACCGAAGAAGAUGCUCCUGGCACUUUGUUGUUUUUGUAUAGUGCCGUUUUAACUCGCACUAUGGGCAAAGUACGCAGUGACCUCGACUCUACCAAAAUUGUACCACUAACCAUGAGCAAUAAUGAGGAGGGUUCUCUAAUGAUUGUAACGCUAUUACUUACCGGCCGGGCCACGCCCUAUAUACACAAUGGUGUUAUAAAUGUGGGCGAUGAAAAUAGUUAUGCCUCUCCGCAAUAUGGCAUACUCAAACGCUGUUCCAUUGGCUUACUUUUGUGGGAGAAUGAAAGUGGCCAACUAAAUUCGGCUGUAUCUAGGCAACCGGGCUCACGUCUCAAAACUCCCAAUUGCCCUAUCUGGAUUACCUUGUGCGCCGGUCACUAUGGUGUUAUGUUUAAUAAAAAUCCUGAACUCUUGCGUAAUUAUCAUGCCGAAUCACGAUUUGAUUUGUAUUACUACAGCUGUUCGGGCCGUGAAAUAGCCAUGACUAUUGACAAUCGUGUUUAUAACGAGCAAGCGGCUGGUAUGCUGGAGAGUCAGCAGUCUUCGGCGGAAAAUACUGGCCAGACGGGUAGUCGCUUGAAAGAGGACACAUUUGCUAAGGAUGAGUCAGCCGUUAAGGAGGAGCCGACAAUUAAUACGCCUUUGCAAAAGCUGGUGCAUACCAAAUGGGAGGAGGCGCUCAUUAAGUUUGUGCAGCCCUCCAUGUUGAGUUAUUUGUUUAGUACACAGCAGUAG